CAGGAAGACGCGGGUUAUAUCUUAACGGAAGUCGGGGUCACCGGCAGAGCGAGGAGUGAGCGGAAAACUGGUUCCUAGUUGAAUUGAACAGCAUCGAAUAUGGCUUCUAUAGUAGACAUAAAAUCGAAGGAGGAGAAGGAUGCAGAGCUGGACCGUAAGAUUGAAGCUUUACGGAAGAAGAAUGAAGCUUUGGUCCAGAGGCACAAGUUGAUUGAGGAGGACAGAAGGAGAGCAGAGCAAGAGGGAAUUGCAGUCACCACACCGCGAAAGGGGAAGAAUACGGACGCUGAGCCCGACAAGGCCAGGAAAGAAAAAGAAAACUUCUCAAUCACUCUUGAUGUAAAUGCCGGGGAAAAGCGGGUUGUAAAUGAAGGAAGAUCACCAAAACAAACACAAGAUUCUCCAAGAAGUCCCACUCAUAGGAAAAGUGGUAGAUCAGGCUUAUCAGGUCGGUCCCCUUCAAAUGCCCAGACUGAAGACUCUCACCAAGAUGAGGGCAAUACCAGCCCUUCAUCAACAAGGCCUACAAGAAGCCGGAGGAGCCAAGGGUCCGAUGGACUUAAACGAGAAUAUGGAGCUGAGUUGCAUUGGAAAAGUUCAAGAGGGAACACAGAUGGCUCAUCUGGAGAUAGGUGGACUUCCUCUCCUAGAGGAGGAGCUGCUUGUGGAGACCGUGGUGGAAGAGGUCCUGGGAGAGGUGGUGGGACUCCUGCAAGAGGUGGUGGGACUCCAGGCAGAGGUGGGGUGCAUACUGCGGUUGUAGAUGCACCUGGGCCCGACAGAAAAGUCAAGGAGUGGGAAGAAAAGAGAAGACAAAAUAUAGAAAAGAUGAACGAAGAAAUGGAACAGAUUGCAGAAUACGAGAGAAGCCAGAGGCAGGAUGGAGCGAGAGAGAAAAAUCCUAUCCGGAACUUCCUUGAUGACCCCCGAAGGACUGGGCCUGUUGCAGAUGUUGACCGGAAGGAGGGUAGUAGGAGACAUGUGCGGAACUGGGGAGGACAUGAUUUUGAAAAGGUCAAAACUGGCCUUGACCGAGAGCAGGAGAGUCAUGUUCGUCGACCAGCGGGAAGGAAUCAGGUGGAUAUGACAAUGUCCAUGACCGGAAGGGAACGGGCAGAAUAUAUGAGGUGGAAAAAAGAGCGGGAGCAGAUUGACCAGGAGCGGCUGGAGCGACAUCGCAACCAAAAAGGCCAAUGGAGGCGAGAGUGGGAUGCGGAAAAAAAUGAAUCCAUGUUUAAAGAUGAUGCAACCGUACAUAUUGAAGAUGAUCCUUUGAGCAGACGAGGGAAGCGAGGAACUCCUAAACCACACACUGUGGGGGAAAUUCUAUCAGAAAGUAUUUCUGUGUAUAAACAGAAAAAGGAUCGGAGACACGGCACAGAACGCAGCAAACCUUACAACCAACAUGACAGUCGCUGGGAGAAGCCAGAGGACUUGACAGAAAAGGAGGUGACUGCAAAGAGGGAGGAAAAAGAAACAUGUGUAGAGAAAGUGGACAAUCAGAAGAGACAGAAAAAGGUUGAGGAGCCUCCUAAACCAGCCACAUCUGCAGUGAAACAAGAGUUGGUGGAAGGAGAUGAUGAAGAUGAUGGUGAAUGGACAGAUGCGAGUGGAGAUGAAAAUGAGGAUGAAUCUUUGGAGGAAGAAGAGUCUGAAGAUGAGAACGCCAGUACCUCCCCAGUUAGCCCACAACCUGCACCCAAGGAGCAGAGGCAUUCUCCUCUCCAGGAUACCCCAAAACUUAAAAUGCCUCCACCCAGUGAAUCUCUACAGGAAUCUAAUCCCACCACCCCAUUCUCCCCUGAAGGUCACAUCGCUGUGACUGACUGGGGGGAAGAGAUGGAGCAGCUGUGUAAUGAGGACAGCCCUUCCCAGACAACAACUGGCUUGGGCCUAAUGAAAGCUUGGGAGAACGAUAUUCCAUCAGAUUCUGGUGCAGGCAGUGCCGUACAGACUAGUCCAGAAUCGGUGGUGCACGAGGCACAGGAAUCCAAUAAAAAUGACGGGGAAGCAGACCUAGAGGAAAUGAGGCCCCCUGCAAAAUGCGCAGAGGAAGUGAAGCCCCCUGAAAGUUUCUCAGAGGAAGUAAAGCCCCCUGAAAGGUGCACAGAGGAAGUAAAGCCCCCUGAAAGGUGCACAGAGGAAGUGAAGCCCACGGAAAGGUGCACAGAGGAAGUGAAGCCCCCUGCAAGGUGCGCAGAGGAAGUGAAGCCCACGGAAAGGUGCACAGAGGAAGUGAAGCCCCCUGCAAGGUGCGCAGAGGAAGUGAAGCCCCAUGAAAGUUUCACAGAGGAAGUGAAGCCCCCUGAAAGGUGCGCAGAGGAAGUGCCUUCAGAUGAGGUUUCACAAAUUCCUUACGCGGAAGAUACAGAGAAAUCUACAGCAAAUGGUGGAGGAAUCAAUGAGAAACUAUCAGACCUUGAGGAACCCAAAGUGGCCAUGGUUAGUCUGGUUCCAGCACUGGAGAUCCUGGUUCCAUUGGUGGAUGAACCUGUUUCAGUUGUGGACAAACCUGUUCCAGCUGUCGAAAGCGCUGUCCCACCCAUGGCGGCACCGAUAGCAGCUGUGGAGCAAAACGCAGCGUUUCCACCAUCAUCUUGAUUGCCUCGUCUACCGCACUGUCCAAAAGCCUGCUUGAUAUUACUGACGUAAAGUUCUCCCACCCCGCUUGACUCUUGGACAUCGGCUGAAAGAGCUUCAUUCACUUGGCUUUGAUCUUCACGGAGAAUGAAUAUUUUUUAUUUCCAUUACUCGUGUGGAACAGACAUCGAAAGUUUGUUGAAUAGAUGAUAUAUUGCACCAUCGAUUAAAGAGUUUAUAUAAAGCUUGAGCUUAGAAAAUCAAUUAGAAAAAUAA